UGAAUGAUCGCGUGUCUUCUUACUUGUUGCAUGUUGAGCUGUUUUUGCAGUUAACCGACAACGGGAACUAAUUUCUCUGAGCUUUAAAUACGACUAAUUUACUGGACAGUAGGAACAGUUGCAUCAGAAUGCUUGAUCUUAACGCUAAUCCAACGACAAGUUACAGUGCUGAGCAGAAAAUCUGGUCGGGCGCCUAUGAGCAGAACUACUACAAUGACGACCUGACCAUUGGUCAAAUAAUAUUCAGGCAAUUGCAGAGCGAGCCGCAGCGCAUCUUUCAGAUUUCGCCAGGCGAAAAUACGAGACUCACCCGUUUCCAGAUGCUGAAAAAUGCGGCGAAAGUGAGUGUUUAUCUAAGGAAGCAAGGAUUCUGCGAGGACACGCAUAUAGUUGGCAUUUUGGCCAGGAAUACCACACAUUUGGCAGCUUUGGCCUAUGGCUGUCUGUUUAAUGGAACGCCCUUUCACGCUGUCAAUCACAAUUUGGAGGAGCACACCAUACAAAAUCUCUAUAGCAUAACGAAGCCGAUGUUCAUUUGUUGCGAUGCUCAGGACUAUGAGAAACUGAGGAAAGUUGCUGAAAAUCUGGGCGUUACAAUUAUAACUGUUCAUGGACGCAUUGUUGGUGUCUUGAGCAUUCAGGAGAUUCUGCAAGCGACUCUACCAGAUGAUUACGAACCGACUAGGUUUCAACGUGGCAUCGAUCGAACAAUGGCAAUACUAUGCUCCUCUGGCACUACAGGCACGCCCAAGGCAGUUACCAUUUCGAAUAGCCGCAAGAUUUUCGAGAAUCAUAGCUAUUUGAACCCCGAUGACAUUCAAUAUGCACCCAGUACUCUGGACUGGCUGACGGGUUUGAUUACACUAAUUACGGCCGGAGUGUACGGCACUGUGCGGCUCAUCUCGAAAGAGAUCUUCAGUCCUGCUCAUUUUUUAAAAUUGUGCGAGCAGCAGAGCAUUAGCUGGUCGGUUUUGGCCGCCUCGCACAUUGCUAUGCUGGCUAAUUGUCCGGACGUGAGCGUCAAGGAGCUGCGUAGUCUGAGGUAUCUUCUAUUUGCUGGCGGCCACACACUGGUUGCUACGCUGCAUAAGAUGCAAUCCCAUUUACGUGUUGAGGGAAUCCUACGGAAUGCAUAUGGAAUGACGGAGCUAGGCACCUGUGUCUCGUGCAACUACAGCACCCACACAAAACCCACCUCGGUGGGGCGUCUCUUGGCCAAUAUACGCAUGCGUGUGAUAAACGAUAAUGGUGACGCAGUGGGUCCGAAUGAGAUGGGCGAACUCUAUUGCCACAAUGGGCAGCAUUGGAGUGGUUACUGUGGCAACUCAACGGCGACAGCUGAGAUGCAGGACUCUGAUGGUUGGUUUCACACCGGUGAUUUGGGCUACUUCGAUGAGGAUAACUAUCUGCAUAUUGUGGAGCGCAAAAAGGAUAUGCUCAAGUUUCUGGGCAUGAUGUACUAUCCGCACGAGAUCGAAGAGGUCAUCGCCCAAAUGUCCCAAGUUGCCGAAGUUUGCGUCUUUGGCAUUUGGAAUGAAACCGAAGGAGAUGCAGCAGCUGCUUCAGUGGUGCCCAAGCCAGGCACACAUCUCCAGUCGGCACAAGUGGAGCAAUUUGUAGCUGAGAAGAUUGGGGUCAAUUAUAAGCAGCUUAAUGGCGGUGCAUUGAUCGUGCAACAACUGGCCAAAAGUGCCAAUGGCAAAGUGAACCGUAAGGCAGUUAAGGCCGCUUAUCUAAAGGAAGAACAGAACGAGGCAGCGGAUUCAUAGUAUGACUAGAAAACAC